CGUGCCUUUCCUGCGAGCAGAGCAGUCAGAGCCGGGAGAGCAGCCCGGAGGACCCGUGGAGGAGAACCGGGGCGAGGAGGAGCGGAGAGGCCGGACGACAGAGAGCCUUCUGCCGCAGAGGAAACUCCGAUUAAGCCGCUGGACAAACAGAUCUACCGGCAUCUCCCGGGGCACACACACACACACACACACCGCGUCACGCAUUCUGGCCCACCCACCGCGACCAUCCAGCAGGUUGUUUGGCGAACCGGGACCGGAGGGUGGAGUUGGACACACCGGCAGCUGAUCAGCUGUUUGACCGGGGCUGAUCUCCGUCAUCACCGGCUCGGUCCUGGUUCAGGUUCAGGUUCAGGGAUGGACAGCCUGACUCCAACCUGUCCGAGUGCGCAGACAAGAACAAGUCCUGGAUCCUGAGUCUGAUUCGGAUCUACUUUGGUUCUGCUUGUGUUCCGGUGCGCACAGAUUCAUGUCGAGGAGACUUUGCGCAGCAGCGGCAGCAGCAGCAGCAGCAGGGCAGUGGUCGGUCCGUCCUCGGUGGUCUUUCUAACCGCAGAGAAGCAGAGAAGUGCCGCUUCAUUCCGCCGCCUCUGACCUCCAGCGGAUGAGAGAACCCCGGGGGAAGCGGCGCACCUGUAACCGGAGCGAGGUUGGAUUCUCCCCGGCCGGUGACCUCCUGCUCCGGGGGGCGAAGCCUCCAACCCCCCGGCGUCCCCUCUCUUCGUCCGGACCGAGAGCGGCGGGGCUCACCGAUGCGGACGGCGGCUCCUGAUGCUCAGCAGUGCUCCGGGGCUUUCCGGUCGGUGGGAGAGGCUCGAACCGCGGCCGCGCGCUAGGAUGCUGCGCCAGGUGUUGCACGCGGGCCUGAGGACGUCCUUCCACGCGCUGGGACGGUUCGUGGCGGGCCACCCGGUGUUCUUCGCCUCGGCGCCCGUGCUCCUCUCCAUCCUGCUCGGGGCCAGCUUCAGCCGGUACCGCGUGGAGGAGGACGUGGAGAGCCUGCUCGCGCCCAAGCACAGCCUGGCGAAGAUCGAGGGGAACCUCGUGGACAGCCUGUUCCCCGUGAACCGAUCCAAACACGCGCUCUACUCCGACCUGCAGACCCCGGGACACUAUGGGCGCGUGAUCAUCACCUCGAGGAAGGGGAGCGUGUUGGACCCGGUUCACCUGGAGACCAUACUGAAGGUACCUACUUCAAACCUGUGUAUUGAUGUGAGUUAAUUUGAGGACACGAACCCAACAAAGUUUGAAGAACUGAGAAGGUUUGGAAAGAUUUUAGUUUUUUCCUAAAAUGAGUUUAAUCUGUAUAAAAGAAACACAAACAAACAAAAACAUGGAUAUUAGAGACACACCAGAACCAGAGAGAGUGAACAAAAGACACAAACACAUGAGUUUAGAGAGUGAGGGAUCAGAGGGUAAAGUCGAGGGUUCAAGGCCUGACUCCAUGUCUGCUAGACUUUAAAGAAACCUGUCCUUGUUUUUGAAAUAACUUGAAUUUAAAGGGAUAAUCUGGUGUGAAAUUAAUUUAGGGUCAAACACACCGUAACACCGAGUUAGACCCCCCCUCCAGAGAUGAAUGUUGUCGACCGCUUGCUUCUCUAGUUAUACCAACUUUAGUAACAGGAUAGAAAUACAGAGAGACACGCCCCCAACCAAAACGCCACUCUAUAGCCACAAAUAAUGCUCAGAACAGCACCUAACUUCAUCAACAGGACAUAUAGGGUCACAGACAUAGUACUAGACACCAAACAUCUUUUUAACUUUGACUCAUUUCUUUAGCAAAGAGACUAAACACAACUCACCUACUCUCUGUGGGGUGCCGCAGCUCAAGGAAGAACAUUUAUGAUCAUUUCUUCAUGAAAAUACAAUCAGACCAAGACGCUAAGACAGAAGAACUACCGCGUCUGCAGAGAAAAAUGAUUAAUAUGAUGAUUAUUACUUCAAGGAAAUGAUAAAGAAAUGAUCAUAAAUGUUCUUCCUUGAGCUGCGGCACCCCACAGAGAGUAGGUGAGUUGUGUUUAGUCUCUUUGCUAAAGAAAUGAGUCAAAGUUAAAAAGAUGCUUUAGAUAAUAGAUAAUAGCCAUUAUUUGUGGCUAUAGAGUGGCGUUUUGGUUGAGGGCGUGGCUCUCUGUAUUUCUAUCCUGCGGUUGUUACUAAAGUUGGUAUAACUAGAGAAGCAAGCGGUCGACAACAUUCAUCUCUGGAGGGGGGGUCUAACUCGGUGUUAUGGUGGGUUUGACCCUAAAUUAAUUUCACACCGGAAUAUCCCUUUAAAUCAUCAGGUGACGUCCUCAGGGUUCCACAGACGUGAUCUCAGACAACAGCUCAGAGGACAGUUUUAACUCAUUUUGUCCUUUAAACUCUCCUGCGUUUCUUAUUUAUGUUCGAUGUCAGUUUUUGAUGAUCUAAUCAUUCUGCUGAUCUCAGGAUGUUAAACUAAAAAACUUUGAUCCGGUGGUCGUACAAUUGAACAAUCUGCAAAAGUCCACCUGAAAAUGUCCGUACCUGACUCUUACGUGCCUGAAAUUGCACAAGCUUUCUGAGAAUCAUCCCAGUUUGUCAUCGCAGCUCUGAGUAAGAGCGUCUAAGGUGAGCUUGUGUCCUGGCCUCUUCAGAAUCGAUACUCGGGAACAUGAUUUGACUCACAAUUCUUCACAGAGACUCAUUUUUCUGCUCCUGAUUAUAUCAGUUUUUUGGGGGCGCAGGUUUAGCUCUCCUUCCCCCUCAGACUAAAACUGAAGCUCCUGAAGCAGCAGGUCCAGAUCUCUCUGUAAUCUCUGAGCUAAAGCCUGAAAUAAUCUCGAGGAAGGAAACCAGUCAUUCAGGAAAAAACAGGUUUCAGGAUCCUUCACUGACGGACUCUCAUAGAGAGGACAAAAGAGAAAUAAAGUUCUAUCUAAUCCAAUCAAAUCUUUAUUUCAAUCAAUCAAUCAAUCAACUUUAUUUCUAUAGCACAUUUUAAAAUAACCACAAGGGUAGUCAAAGUGCUGUACAAUGAUACAUAAAACAAAUAACACAAAGAGCAAGAUAAAGUGAGCAGAAAUACAUUAAUGCAAGGGGAUAAAUAAGUAAAUAAAUAAGCAGGCUCACAGCAGGUGCUAAAAUGAUAAAAAACAAAGUAACACUAAAAAGUAUCAAAAGCCAAGGAGUAAAAGUGUGUUUUUAAAAGGGAUUUAAAAACAGGAAAUGAGGAGGCCUGUCUAAUAUUCAAGGGCAACUCGUUCCAGAGCUUCGGGGCAGCAGCAGCAAACGCUCUGUCCCCUCUGAGCUUCAGCCUUGUAUAUGGGACCGUCAGUAGCAGCUGAUCGGCUGAUCUUAAGGGUCGGGGUGGGCAGUAAGGCUGGAGCAUUUCAGAAAUGUAAGGUGGAGCAAGAUUGUUCAGGCUUUUAAAAACAAAUAUUAAAAGCUUAAAAUGAAUUCUGUACUGUACAGGGAGCCAGUGUAAGGAUGCCAGGAUGGGGGUGAUGUGCUCACGCCUGCGGGUCUGUGUCAGGAGACGUGCAGCAGAGUUCUGCACAAGCUGCAGGCGGGCAAGGGAAGCCUGGCUAAUCCCUUCAUAAAGAGAGUUACAGUAGUCAAGACGGGUAGUUAUAAAAGCAUGGAUUAAUUUUUCCAGGUCAGGUCUUGAUAAAAUGGGCUUCACCUUGGCUAUUUGACGUAGCUGAUAAAAGCUUUUUUGUACCACCCCGCUGAUCUGUUUCUCAAAUUUAAAAUCAGGGUCAAACUUAACUCCCAGGUUAGUGACGACCUCUUUAAGGUAGGGUGAGAGGGAGCCUAGGUCGAUGUUGGGGGGGUGGCCUCCACUUGGUCCAAACAUCAUUACCUCGGUCUUGUUCUCAUUUAGACUGAGGAAGUUAAAAGAAAGCCAGGCUUUAAUGUCCUUAAGGCAGUCAGUGAGUUGCUGGACUGAGUUGGAGUUGUUCUGUGCAAGUGGAAAAUAGAUCUGACAAUCAUCAGCGUAAAAAUGAAAGGCAAAUAAAAGAGGGCCAAGGAUUGAGCCUUGGGGGACCCCAUGUGGGAGGGGAGCUGUUGACGACACAGAGUUGUCAAGUUUAACGCAGAAACUUCUGUCCCUUAAAUAAGACCGGAACCAGUCCAGGGCAACACCCUUAAUGCCCACACAGUGCUCCAGGCGAGAGAUUAAAAUGCUGUGGUCAACAGUGUCAAAUGCAGCAGACAGAUCUAGGAGCACAAGGACAACAAACUUUCCAGAGUCUGUUGUCAUUAGAAUAUCGUUUAAAACCUUUAAAAGUGCUGACUCUGUGCUGUGGAGAGCUUUAAAACCAGACUGGAACAACUCUGUGAUACCAUUAUCUUCCAAAAAUGGUAACAAUUGAUUGUAGACCACCUUCUCUAAAAUCUUGGACAGAUAUGGAAGAUUUGAGAUGGGUCUGAAAUUGGCACAGAGGGAUGGGUCAAGGCCAGUUUUUUUAAGUAGAGGCCGUACUACAGCAUGUUUAAAAUCCCUAGGUACUGUACCAGAGGAGAGGCUACUGUUAACAAUAUUAAGGACACUUGGUCCAAUAGUAGCAAGUACCUCUUUAAACAAGCGAGGGGGGAUGGCAUCAGCAGGGGAACCAGAAGGCUUCAUAUGGCCGACUAUGUCCUUUAAAAUAGAGAGGGACACAGACUCAAAUUUGGCAAAGACAGAUGUGGGGUGCAGAGGGGCAGAAGGGUCAUAUGAAGGUUGAGAGAUACAGGCUCUGGUUGACAUAAUUUUAUCGGUGAAGAAGUGGAGGAAUUUUUCACAGAUUUCAGUGGAGGAAUCAAAACCAAGAGACUUGGGAGCCUCAAGGACAGUGUUUAUGGUUUUGAACAGAGCUCUGGGGUUGUUACAGUUAAAAGCAAUUAAUUCUGAGAAGUAUUUAUUGUUCUCGGCUUUUACAAUCCUCUGAUAAUUCCUCAGACUAUCUUUAAGGAUGCCAAGAGACACGUGCAGUCUGUCCUUUUUUUAGUUCUAUUGUUUUGGUCAUGUUUGAAUGAAUGAAUGAAACUUUAUUUAACCUCAUUGAGAUGAAGAAUCUCAUUUACAAGAGUGUCCUGACCAAGACAGGCAGCAGUACAUUGACAAAGUUACAGACAUAAACAAGUACAGACAUAUACAGACAUAUACAGACAUAACAACGAGCAGCAGAGUAGAACAUUUUCAGUCAAAGCAUUUACAGCUUCAUCUUCCUCUGAGGCACGGGUGUCAAACUCGAGGUCCACAAGAUCAUCUCAUAUCUGUAUUAUUAUCGGCCCACUAGUAUAAAGUCUGCAGAUUUCCUCCAGAGUAUAAUAAUGUAAACUUUAGCACCAUUUUUUAAAAUGUUCUUAAUAAACCACGAAAAUCUGGAAAAUAAAAGAGUAAAAAAGAUUCGAUAAACAGUCAAGAAUGUGGAGGAAAAAUAUUUGGUAUUUUAUUUCAUGUUUUCAGUUUUGCAUGGCAAGAUUAUAAGUCAAACAUGAUUGGAUUUUUUAUUUCAUGCUUUGAUUUUGUUAAACUCAGUAUUUAGACUUUUGUCAUUUUUAUACUUUAGAUUCCAGUUUUAAAAUUAAAGUCAUAUUCUGACCUUUUAACCUGAUUUCAAUGUUCUCCUCGUGUAUUUGCUCUUUACAUAAAUAUUUCUCUUCUUUAAUAUCACGCUCUGAUCUUUUGAACCAAUAAAUAAAAUAGAAUAAAAAAUAAAAAUGAAAUAGAUUUUUCUAUCUCAGAUUCCCUGUUAAACUUCUCUUUUUAUCUUUAUUGAAUUUCUAAAUGAUUUAUAAUCGUUGCUGUUUUUGUUUUGCAUAUUUUUUGAAAAGGAGGUUGACAGUUUGGGUGAAAUGUUGACCCUCUUUGUCCCUCAGGUUGCCGUGGUUGAGUUUGACCGCCCUGCUCUGAGGCGUUUAAUCGACAUCGAAAAUGAUUCAAAGAGACACAAGUUUUCAGUCUGCAGGAGCUCAUAUCUGAAACUUUUGUCCGUUUCAAGAUGAGCUUUGAGGACAGGUAGCAGAAGUAGAUGAUGUUUGAUCGAGUCGUUUAGUUAUUGUCUGUUUUCAGUUCACUGUUUUCUUCCUCUCUUAGACCACAGACCAGAGUACUGUGUGCAGUAUUUCAGUAUUUCAGUAUUUGAGUAUUUGAGUAUUUGGGUCUGACUCAUGACUCGUACUCUGGUUGUGAAGUGGGUUUCCUGUCUGGUUCGGACUAUUUUUGCCGACACUCUUACUCAACAAGUUCAGAGGCGAGUAGGAGUUCACAGACUGAUGCAGAACUAGACCAGUACCAGCCUUGGACUCAACACGACCAAACCUGGACCCUCAGGGAUGAGAUGGAACAGUGAGAGAUUGUGUAAGAGUGAGUUUCUGUAAACGAAGCUCAGCUCUGAACUCCUCCCUCCUCUGAGAUCCACCUUGUGAUCUGGUCCACGGUUUAAGUGGGUCACUACAAACAAAUAUGUAUGCGCUGGUCCACUUUGGUGCUUCAUGGGCGGCACGCUCUGAUUACAUCUGUUUAACUUUAUGAAAUCACUCCGGGGGGGGGUUGAGCUCAUAUUCAUAAAUCUGUUUCAGACGAAGCUUCAGAGCUCUGUAAUUAAAAUAUUCAGAUUCAGAACUUUACGAGGUUUAAAGGGUUAUUAGAGGAGGGACUCUGAGUAUUCAUCACACUGAAGAAGACGAAGGAGAAACACAGCUGGGUCUCGGACAUUUUCAGGGCGUGGCUCUUCAGGAAACAGUUCACUACAUUUUAAAAUGAGGACCUCAAUGAAAACAGGCAAGGAAACAUCAGAGGGGGUCUGAACAGGUCCCAGGACCUAAUUUCUUUAGCAAAGAGACUAAACACAACUCACCUACUCUCUUCCAGCAGCCGCUUGUUUGUAGAGAGACCUCGGGCCAGUCCAUUACGGACUACAGCGGGGUGCCGCAGCUCAAGGAAGAACAUUUAUGAUCAUUUCUUUAUGGAAGUACAAUCAGACCGAGACGCUAAGACGGAAGAACUACCGCGUCUGUAAAAUGAUUAAUAUGGUGAUUAUUACUUCAAGGAAAUGAUAAAGAAAUGAUCAUAAAUGUUCUUCCUUGAGCUGCGGCACCCCGCUGUAGUCGAUGAGGCUGCUGGAAGAGAGUAGGUGAGUUGUGUUUAGUCUCUUAGCUAAAGUUAAAAAGAUGUUUGGUGUCUAGUCCUAUGUCUGUGACCCUAUAUGUCCUGUUGAUGAAGUUAGGUGCUGUUCUGAGCAUUAUUUGUGGCUAUAGAGUGGCGUUUUGGUUGAGGGCGUGGCUCUCUGUAUUUCUAUCCUGCGGUCGUUUCUAAAGUUGGUAUAACUAGAGAAACAAGCGGUCGACAACAUUCAUCUCUUUCUACUUCAGAAUAUCCCUUUAAAGUGUUUUAUGGCGAUUACGGCCCCUCGCCAUCAUAAAAAGUGCAUCAUGUCCUCACGGCGAUCUUGUUUCCAUGGUUGUGGGAAACCAAAAACCACAAGUGAAGCUGAAGAAGUCUAAUCUAGCCGCUGUAUCAUAACCCACGACUCAGCAGACACUCUGAUGGCGCCGAGGCGUCCUCGCUGUUGUUGUUUUGUUUUUCUUAAAUGCUGCAUCGCCACAAAUCCCCCGUCAGGACCACGCGAGACAGGAACUUUCAAAACAAAUCAGACAUUCCUACACAAACACUAAAACACACACACUCUCUCUCUCUCUCUGGAGUUAAUGCAGUCCUCUGAGCAGCUCUGCCCAUCCUCGCCAUGGCAGAGACUGGCAUCAGGCCUGUUGCUUAGUAACCGGGCCUGUGGAUGCUGCUGGCACUGCUGUCCUUUGGACCUCGAAACGGAGGAGGAGGAUGCUGAGACCACUAUUGUUACACUGUGGAGAGCAGUUAAACACACACACACACACACACACACACACACACACACACACACACACACACACACACACACACACACACACACACACACACACACACACUCCUCCACAUUUCUGUCCCUCUUUUUCACACUCUCUGAGUUUCUGGACUCAAAUGAACUUUAACAAAGUUCCUGUCUCGUUCUGGUUUUUCUAAAGUGGGUCUGCUGUAGGGCUGAGCGAUAAAACGAUAAUGUUAUAUAUCGAAAAUAAUUUCCCUCAAUAUCAAUAUUAAACAUGAUCAAUAUGCUUUUCUUGCCAAGUCUCGGUAGACUAUACGUAAUAGUCAGGCUGGGACGAUACGCUUUUCUCCUGAUUUGAUUCUUCUACGAUUUUUUAGAUUCUGAUUUGAUUUUAACUGCGAUUCUACGAUAUCGUCGAUUUUCUCGAUUUUUAUUCUGCAUUAUUUCUGUUGUGUGUUUGUUCCAAUCCCGAUUUUUCUUCUCCUGAUAGUCAAGACUUUAGAGAAUGAUGUUCAUGUGAUAAAAGGCUUGGUCACUGUAGAUUUAUGUGUUUUUUUAACAAAGUUCUGUUGGUAUAAAUUUCCGUUUUUGCGUUUUUGUUUGACUUUGAUGGUUUUUUUCACCCACAGCUCCACAGACUGAUCUACCAGAUGCAGGUCACGGUCCCGGCCUCAGGACCCAACAGCUUCAACUACUCCUUCUCGUACCUCUGUCUCCCUGACGACAAGAACGUCUGCAUCAUCGAUGACAUCAUCCGCGCCAUGGAGGAGAUCCAGUCGGCCCGCUCUUCCAACCGCACCGUCCCGAUUCUGCGCUAUCCCAUCACUCAGCUGGCAGACGGACGGCAAGCCUACAUCGGCCACCAGCUGGGCGGAGUUCAGGGCUGGGGUCCAGGCGGGGCUGUGCGUGGUCAGGGUACAGGUAGAGGGGAGGGCGUUCGCUCGGCGAGGGCGUUACAGCUCACCUAUUACCUCCAAGCCCGUGGCGGCCUGAUGGACCGCGUCGCCAGCCAAUGGGAGAAGGCCUUCUGUGCGGAGUUACAGGCGUUUGCGGCGUUGCACCCCAAACUCGGACUGUACCCGGCUACUUCCUCCUCUCUAAGAACGGACUUCCAGUUCUCUUCAGUGCUGGCCCGGCGCCCCCUGCUGGCCAGUCUGGGGGCGUGCAGUGUGUUGGCCAUCCUCUGCUGCUCCAUGAGGGACUGUGUGAGGUCCAAACCCUGGUUGGGACUGCUGGCUCUGCUGUCAAUCACGCUGUCAGGACUCACCGCUGCCGGGAUCCUCAACCUGACGGGGACCACCUACAACUCCUCGUACCUGGGGAUCCCUUUUGUCAUGCUAGGUAGGUUCAAAACCUUCAACCCGAGUCUCUGAACCCUGCAGUCAUAUGCUGGGUCCGAUUUUGCUUUUUUCUGACUUGGUAACUGAAACGCUGGUAACUCGGGUGCGAUGUCAUUUUCAGCUCAGAGUUCUGUCUUCCGAGGUUACUCGAACGCUGCAAUAGUCCAGACUUUUAUUUGUGCGUGCAGAUAUGAAGUGAUUUUGAGCUGAAGCAGUGAUUUCCACUACAGAGUCGUGCCUGUUCUUACUGCAGCUUCACAGAAAUACUCUUUUUAUACUCUGGCAUGUGAGGAACCUGUUGCAAAUUAACCUAAAAGUUGAAAGAUGGUCCUCCAGGUGUUUUCUUUUUUAUUUAGCACCACCUAAUUUAAAAGUUUUGAAGUAAUCCAUGUCCUUAACUUUUGUUUUGCUCUAUUUUACAUUGAAUCCACAAAGUUUAACUGGUUCGCAAACCAUCAAAAUCGGUUUUAAUCAGCCUUUAAUGUGGCGUCAUGUCCGGGUUGUAUUGAUUUUAAUAGUGAAGAGGAAAAUACAAAAUACAGGGCUUGACUCUGUAGUUUGUACUUUUUUCAAGGAAAAUAAAGAGGUGUGUCUUAUUAUCCGAACUUUGUAUUAUUAUUUGAAAUCAAUUAUAGGUCAAUUGGUCACGUGACAGUGAAGCUAUUGAAGGAAAACUGCCUUUUUUUUUUUUAGAACAUCAACCGGUAAUUUAUUGACGGUCCCUUAUUCAACACCGACGUUGACAGUGAGGGUGUCGAGUAGAUUUAACCGCGCUGCUGUUGUUAUUCCCGGUUAUGGAGAGUGAGAAGACACCGGUAGAUCCUCAGAGAAUGUCCGUCAGAUAUCCAACCUGAAACUAACUUCACCGCCGUAUUUACAGGAAAAUAUAUCCAACCUAAAACUAACUUCACCGCCGUAUUUACAGGAAAAUAUAUCCAACCUAAAACUAACUUCACCGCCGUAUUUACAGGAAAAUAUAUCCAACCUGAAACUAACUUCACCACUGUAUUUACAGGAAAAUAUAUCCAACCUGAAACGAACUUCACCGCCGUAUUUACAGGAAAAUAUAUCCAACCUGAAACUAACUUCACCGCUGUAUUUACAGGAAAAUAUAUCCAACCUGAAACUAACUUCACCGCCGUAUUUAAAAACAUUUGUUGACAUGUGACCCUAAAUACAUUUUACAAACGUCGCACUGUCGAGUCCUGCAUCAUAUGUUCGUCUGCUAUUAUGUCUUUGAGCCUCGUUAGUUUGAAAAUAUCCCGACAGUUUGAGAGUUUGGAGGAUUCAUGAGCGAGUUCGAUUUUCAAGCUUAUCAAAAAAGUGGUGAAACAUCAGCUGGAGGUUAAAUUUACUCACAGACGUGUCAACAGUCUGUCUCCUCGCAGUGCUUAAUUUAACUGCGUUACUUCAGUACACUUCGGUACUUAUCAGAAAAACAAUCUUUGCAAACUUUUGGUUGUUCAACUCUUUACAAAAAAACAACAUAAAAUAACGAUCAAAGCCGAGAGAAUCAAAGGAGAGCAGAUGUGAGCCAAGGUGAACACUUUUCUCCGUUUUCUCCUCCAUCACAGCUCGCCCGUGUUCCCAGUCUGUUAUUUUCAAAUCUGUGACGGGUGUUGCAGAUGCCAGCCUCGGGCUGAACGCCAUUUCAAAGUCGACAGAUCGUCAAAAUGACUGACAGGUGGUGAAGAGUGAACUUGACUCAGGAAGGGGGCGGAUGAUGAAACUGAAAGUACACUCCCUGACUGACUGAGGGGAGAAACUGAAUCUGAAAGUUGUUUAAAAAGUCGAGGACAAAGACACGGAUAUCCAAACUCAGAUCUGAACUGUUGCUGCAAACAGAAACUGUUGCAUAGUUGGUGUCUGACAACCUCCGAGUAAACAAUUCCAAUGAGCUGAAUUUGACAGUUUAGUAAAAUCAUAAACUGGAGUGCUGUGGGACGAGGGGGGAGGCACGUGCUUUAACGUCAGAGUCUCCAAUGACACCACAAAAAGUCGCUAGAUUUGUCGCUAGUUUUUGAAAAUUAGUCGCUAAAGGGGGUCUGAAAACUCGCCAAAUAUAGCAAUAAAUUUGCUAAGUUGGCAACACUGUCUUGAAAUCAGCUGGUUUUUUUUUAUGUUUUUGAGACUUUUUGAAAUUUUUGAGGUAAAAUUAUGCAAAAUGGACGGAAAGUAUUAUUUUAUACACUAUAGGAGUUAUGUCGCCACCUACUGUACUGGAGGUCCACCCUUGUAGUUUAUCACACUGACAUACAUUUCUCUGCUCUGAUUGGCUAUCGUAUCUGUUGUAUCUGAUACUUGAGACAGGAAAUAAAUGGACACGGGGCCUGGACAAAAAUCAUAAAUCACGAUGGCGACGUCAGGCGACCUCAGUGGACUCAUUUUUAGAGAAGGUAACACGGUGCCAAGGUUAACAACGGCACUAAAAACCAAGUCAGAGGCCGAGUGUGACUCAGUGGAUGUAAAUUACUGCAGGAAAACUGAAUUUUAGAGACAGUGAGGAACAUAGAUUUAAUGUGGAUCGAUUACUUCUUGGCCCAGGAGGGUCAGAAUCCGGGUCCUUAUGGGCCGCAGACUUCACCAGACUUAGUUGGAACUAUAACUCACGGAAACAUCGCAGACCUGACGUCACGGCGCUCAUGACCAGAGAGCAGAGAGGGGAAACAAAUCUAUAGGUUGGACAGUUUGAGUAUAUUCAAGGCAGUAAAAUCCUUUAUUAGGAACAUUAGUCUUCCACAGGCUGCAGCAGCAGGGUUAAUAAAGGAUGGAUUUACUCCAACAGGCAAUAAAGUCGAGACAAAUAUGAAUCCUUUCAUCCUCAAAUAUGUUUAUAGGGGUCUGAAAAUGAGAUUUCUCUGUUUUAGUCACGAAUUUGAUUUUAGCAGAGCAGCAGAAAGCAAACAAUCUGUGCCUUUAAAGCUAACCGAGUUAUUUGAAGAGCUGCUGCAUCAGUGAGUCUUAAUAUGCUGCAUGAAAAAUCAGAAGAGGAACCAAAAAAAUAAAAAACAUUCAAUGCAGGGAGAGAGUGUGAAUUUAACAAACAAGGUGUCGAAUCAAAACCCAUGCCUUGUAUACAAAGCCUACUCGCAGUUUACUUACAGUGCAUGCACGCUGGUGUAAAUGCUCACAUGCACACAGGGUCUAUACCAUAAUUAGUCAGUAAAUGCGGAGGAGGAAAAGCUGCUGCCAGGCCGAAAAUAACUGCAGAGAGAGAGAGAGAGAGAGCAGAAGAAGAAAUGGGGGAUAUGGAGAGGAAAUGGGGGCUGGAUGAAAUAUCACUCCAAAUGGGGGCUGAGAGGAGGAUUGUCUUUGCACAAAACAAAGUUAAACUGAAGUUAGAGGAAAGAAAAACAGGCGGGCGGGAGGAUUUCUCAGAACCAAGUGGGCCGACAGAAAGAGGUGGGAGGAAGUGUGAAAAGGGAAAGAGGGAUGAGAUUAUGCAUUAGAGGAAAAGAGAGAGAGAGAGAGAGCAUGACAGAGGAGAAAAAUGUGGACUCUGUCAACAUUUCUCAUCUUUUCUCUUCGCUAAUUGGACAUGAAUGCUGUCACUCUGGACCUGUUAGCUCUCAGAGCCUGGCACAGGAGACGAAAUGAUGUGUUGAUGGGGAAAGCUGUUCCAGGGCAGUAACUGCUUUUUAACGACGUGUGUGUGUGUGUGUGUGUCUGCAUGUGUGUGUGUGUCUGCAUGUGUGUGUGUGUGUCGGUGUACAGAGAGGAGGGAAAUCGUUGGUGUCGAGAAUUUGAAACAUAACUUUACGUUGUAUCAGUCAUUGAGGUACAACAUGCUCCAUAUGUUAGAGACUGCUUGGGUGUUUUGUGUGUGGCACUUUGAACUGGUUGCUAGGUAACACUGUAAACAACCUCAUUUUUAACCCUUUUAAAGCCAAUGGCCAGAAUAUCUUUAUUUGUUUUCUGUUUACUUCAAAUAAGUCCCUGAAAAACUCAGUUUCUGGCUGACUUUUGAAUGUUUCAUGCUAAUAAACAGAAAGGCACAAACUCAGUUCAGUUAAACCACUUAAACCAGUGAAAUGUGGUGUUGUUAACAGCAGGUGGAGCAAUCAAAAGCCCUUAAUAUAACCCUAAUACACCUUUCAUCAGGCUUUAAUAAGAUAUAUACCCAUUAGUACUGUCAUAGUAUACCAGUAUUCACGAUAACUGUUUUCUUAAAAAACGUAUAUUUUGAUAUUUUGGUUAAAAAUAAUACCUGGGGUUCAUAAUGGUCCUGUACACCAUAAUAAAACAGACACAAGAAAAGAACUACGAGCAGACUGCUUGUAGGCUGACUGAAGUAGCUCUAUGAGGGAUGAUAAGACCCUUUCAAAGAUAAUGUUCAAGAUUGAUCGUAAAUAUCAAAACAACAUUUGAGCUUUUAUUCGUACAGGUCAAUAAUGAACCAAACACUUACACUUCCUGACUGCCCAUUUAGCAGUUUAGAGAAAAGCCGUCGAGCAAUAACAUAUUUAAAAAGAAAUAAACUCAUUUAGGAUUUUUUUUUUUCUUUGCAAUUUUUUUUUUUUGCACUUUUUAAUUCCUGUAAAGAUUUUUUUUUUUUUUGCUGACUGCACAUUCAGCAGUUAAGAGAAGACCUAUCAAACAAUAAAAUCAAGACAAAGAAAUAUUCAAAUUUUUUUUUUUUUUUUUUUUUAUUUUGUAUUUUUUUUUCCAGCUAGGCAAGGAGCUAGGGCCUUUCAGUCCUGCCUCUGCCUCUGCCUCUUGUGUUUGCGGUGAUGUUUGGGAGUCAUGGCCUUUUUGAACCUCCUCCACAGUGAGAUUGACUCCAGUUCAGUUGCUCCUGCGAUGACCUCAGGUGUUGGUAAGGUCAUCUCAGGUGUCUCCUGAACUGUACGUGGACUGUCUUCUUCACUGUCCACCAAAGUAAUGUCCAGUUCAGGGGAGGGUUCUCUGAUGUCCUCGCCAAUGACUUCAAAUGUCUCCUCUUGAUCCUCAAUUUCAGAUCUUUCCAUUAGCAGAUCAUCCGCUGUGGUCUCCAGGAUGUCCUUUUCUUCAUCCAUUCCCUCAUCCAGCCGCAGUUCUUGGUUAUUUUCCUUAAGAAGCUGAAGCUUGGCCUCAUCCAGCUGUGUCUGGAGGUUGCCAGUCUUCAGCAUCUCAGCCUCCAGUUUGUUGCUCAAAGAUGAUACCAGGUCAUUGAGCUCUUGGAUCUUCUCUGUGUUCUUGGAUCCCAAUUUCUUAACCACAUCUUCCAGAGAAAGUUUCUCUGCUUCCAACUGCUCCAUCAUCUUCAUCUCCUGUUUGGCUUCCUCCUGAAGUGAAGAUCUAAAUCCCUCGUGUUCUUUUUCAAGGUUUUCAGUCCUCAGCAUCUGAGCCUCCAGCCUGUUGCUCAAAGAUUCUACAAGGCCAUUGAGCUCUUGGAUCUCCUCUUUAUUUUUGGAUCCUUCCAUGGCUCGUUUGUAUGCAUCUUCUUGCACUUUUUUCACCUGCUCUUUCAGAGAACGUUUCUCAGCAUUUAGCUCCUGAACUUGCUUCCUUUCCUUGCUGAUCUUCUCCUCAUACAUAUUCCUCAUUUCCUCCCGUUCUUGUUGGAAGGUAGACGCCCUCUUUCUUUCAUUGUCAAGCUUCUUUCUCAGAGAUGCGACCUGAUCUUUAAGUUUUUGCACUCUAGCCAUGUCGUGUGCAUCUGCAUCAUUGGCCUGCUCCUCCAGACUGAAAGGUGCUGCCGUUGGCUCCCAGAUGUAGAGCUUGAGCGUCUUUUUUAGCUCUACUAUUUCUUCCUCUUUGGCUUUGUUGGCAGCUUCCUGUGCCUUCAGCUCAUUCAUUAAACCUUCCAUCUGGAGGGCAGAACUGGCGUCAGCACCAAAGAUGUCUGCUUCGAUGGCGAGGUCGAUGGCCUUAUCCUUUGGGGUUGUCUUAGUCUUCCUUUGAGGUGCGGUUAGGGCAAGGAGUUUUUUAUUUUGUGCAGAAAUCACACCCAUGAGCUCCUCUUUGGUCUUGAUGGAGUAAUAACUUGUGUUCUGCGGUACUUUGUAGUUUGGGUGAAGAUGUUUAAGCUCCUCCUUCAGCUGCAGAAUGACCUUCUCACAACCUUCACAUCUCUCUACCUUCACCUUACCCUGCAGUUCUUCUAUUUCUGCCUUCAUGUCCUCAAUCUUUUCUUGUAGCUUGUUCUUCGCUACCCUCUCCUUUCUCAAAAGCGAGUUCAGGUCCUGAAUCUGGCUCUUCAGACUUGCCUCCACCUGCCAUCGGGGGGGAGGGCGUGCCUGGUGUUCUUGGUAGUAGGGAGCCUGUUGGUUUUGGUGGUAAACCUGAUGGCUUCCCUGCUGCCUGUGGUAGGGGGCCUGGUGGUAAACCUGAUGGCUUCCCUGCUGUCUGUGGUAGGGGGCCUGGUGGUAAACCUGAUGGCUUCCCUGCUGCCUGUGGUGGGGGGCCUGGUGUUUGACGUGAUGUCCCUCACGUGGUCUUUGAUAGGGGGCCUGGUGGAUCACCUGGUGGCCUCCUUGCUGUCUUUGGUGAGGGGUCCUGUGAUCUUGAUUUCCCCUCGGGACUUGCGCUGGUAGCUGAGCCGGGGGCUGCCGGCGUUGGUUUUGCUGGCAGCUUGGUUCAGCUCCUGGCAUGGUGUUGAUCAUCUCAACAGCCAUCUCAUCCUCCAUCUCCAUCAUGUCAGCCCAGCUGAGAGUUUGUGAUUCCCUGUUGUCCUGCAUUAUUGGAUUUCUUCUUGGGGGAUGAUCAAAGUCCCUUCUUCUCUUUAUCGCUGACAGACGAUAAAAAUCUGAGUUCUUCCUCUUAUCGUUGAGAGUUGAUAAAUCCGCGUCUCAAACGUAGAGUAGUCCUCUAGACAGUGCUAGUUGAGAGUUAUCGCUGAUAGCCGAUAAAUAUCCAAGUUCUUUCUCUUAUCGUUGAGAGUUGAUAAAUGCGCGUCUCGAACGUAGAGUAGUCUUCUUGAUAUGCAAGUUCAGAGACACUCAACUCAAUUACUAACUCUGUUCUGAGUCAUCGAUGACAUCACUGUGCUUUGAUCUUUUUUGUGAGGAACAUUCCGUUUUCGAAUUUGAAUGAUGCUUUUAGAAUUGUUUUGAUUUAAAUUUUUAAAUAUGGAUGGAAUGGCUGACAUACAGCUGACCCAGUGCUGAUCAGUGGAGAUUAAACAACAGCUGUUUUUCAUGAAAUGAAGGCAAGUGGUGUUUUGUCGCAGUGUUGUUUGGUAUUGUACUUUUACUGCUCAUAAGACAGUAUUACUGUAAGAUCAAUCAAUCAAACUUUAUUUUUAAAGCACUUCUCAUACGUAUAAUGUUGCACAGAGUGCUUUCCAUUGGCGCAGGAUAUUAAAACACAACGAAGUAAAAUAAAUAAAAAUACAAAUACCACCUUCCCAACUCCCAUUCAACACAUACAGCACUCACACACAGAUGCAUACGCAAAAGACCAGGUGAGGACUAAAACGAUAAAACCAUGAUAAAAUAUAAUAAAGGUGAUAAAGCAUUAAAAAGGGUUGUCAGGAGCUAUGCUUGAGUCUUUGUAUUGUAUUCAUGGUCGAAUCUAACGUCUGUUGAUUAUCGUAACCUGGUGUUGAAAAUGAAGCCAAUCUAGAAAUGCAACAAAAUGAUGCAGUUCUUGAGUGUCCACCAGAGGCUGCUUGCAGAAGCCAAGGAAUUCACAUUAACACAGAUGUUAAAAUGUAUUUCAACAUAUCUACUUCAUAGAAUAAACAACAUAACUUUUGAGUCAUACACACUUUUCAAGAAGUGAUUUUUUUAUAACACAGAUGUUUUGAAGACAGUAAGACAAAGAUUUAGACAUAGAUUUACUCAAUUACAACGUCACCUAACCAAAACCAAUGGGUGUCAAUGAGGCAGAGUCCAUGUUCAGACAGAGCAUUAAUUAUUGCAGACAGUAUGUUAUAUUUUACAGUAUGGCUUUUCUCUUAGAGUUCUGCAUGAGUAUGUAGAAAUACCAAAGCCCCUCCCCUCCUUUUUCAAUGCAUAUGUGAAAAGCAAAGACCCUUGAAUAAAGAAAGGAGCAGGCAUUGGUGACAAUACGACAAUCAGGCACAGCAUGAAAAGGACAAGCAGGUUCGAAGUGGUUUUGCAGAGGAAGUAGCAACAGUUCACAGUUUAUACAGAAUACUAAAUUUAACAUCAGCCUUUUGGAUGGUAGAUGGUAACGGGCAUCAGGAGGCUGGGGGCUGAGCUGGACUCUGUGGCCUGCCUGAACUAACUAUAUACUCAAUUUGUAAUCCAGUUUCCAGGUUGCUGAAGUUUAGCUUUUAAAUCAAUGAUAUUUUCCUCUUUUCUUAAACUUGAUUAUUUCAUUCUUUUCUGUCUAACAUUUCAGACUAAAUGCACACUCAUAGUAGUUAUUCAGCAUAAAAUCGAGUUAAUCCUUUUAAAGAAGCUUUUUAACCCUGUGAGAUAAUACCAGAAUUAUGGGUAAUGGACGGUGUAAGUGCCACUUUUACCACAGCAGUUUAACCUGAGCGUCUCCAGUACCUCAGAUCCUCUUUAUGACAAAUCAGGGACCGAAAGCUUCCCUGCAGAAGGACAUGUCCUCCUCUGAUGGGUUUGUCUUCUGGUUUAGUGCCACCAUGUGUGUCGUAUUAUGUGUGUGUUUUGGUCCGAGAUCGCACAUUAGCUCGUCUCCAGUUCUGGUAAAAUCCCAAAAUCCUCCAUCGAGUGCUGUCCUCAGCCUCCCCCUCUUCACGCUGCAACAUUAACCUCCACACCUCUUUCCCUGCCAUUCACUGCCUGAUUCCCUCGCUCUCAAUUACAUUCACACAGAUGCACACGCACACAAUCGCACUCAGAUACAGACACGCACACACACACACACUCACUCACUCACACACAAAUCACAGAUCCACAGACUUUCUCAGCUGCACCCACGCUCGAAGUGUCGGUACGUUGUGCCUCUGCUGAGGUGUUAAGUGUUUUGCCGUGGUGAGGUCACUGGAGAAAGGGGAGGGGGGGUCUUGGGUCACUGGUGACUCACUGGUGCCAUAGCAACCACGGAAGAGGAAACCAUUGAAAACCAUCUGGUGCAUGUAUUCAAACAUGUAUGUUCAUCUGCAUGAGACCGGACAUGCAUGUGACAUGAACUUCAGCGCUCACAUGAUGAUGUCUGCAGAUCUGCAAACUCAAAUUCUGAAUUCAUGUUAAAAUUUUCUCAAUCAUCCGUGUUGCGCUCCGCUCUGCUGCUUCAAACUACACAAGUUGACCAGAAAACUACAUUUCCACGGGGUCUCAGAUCUGCCGAGUCAGAUUUUUCCAGUUCAGACAGGAUUGAGGUGUGACAUCAUGCUGAGAGGACUGUUUAAAAAACAGACACACUCAGAUAUUUGUCUGCAAUGCUGUGAUUCUUCGAAAUGAGGGAAUCCGAGCCAGAUGAAAAGUGGUUGAAAUAUUCCAGUGAAAGCAGCAGGCUGUAAAAAUUCAUGCACUUUUUAUGCCCUCGUAAUGUAAAGGAAUAAUGUUUGUAUGAUUUUUAUGUGGGGGGGGGGGGCUUCAAUAAUUAAUUGUUGAACCUCUUUAAAAGCUCUAAAUUACUACAAGUUGUUAUUUAAAACUUGGUGAAAUCACUGAAAAAGUACAAAAAGCUGCAACAAUCUGUUCUGUCAGAGAGUUUCUCCUCUUUAAACGGUUUCUCUCUGAAUCAGCUGAUCAAGUAAACAAACGGCUCUGAAACAGGAAACGAUUCUUAAUGUUCACCAGUUUGUUUUUGUUUUCUAGGUUGAAGAAGAUCCUCCGGUCGGUUUAUAUUUGGCUCUCCCUGUGUAAGGCGGGGAGAGCAGCAGCAAAGACCCUGCUGCAGGCGUUAAAGGGAUAUUCAGGCAUAAAAUUAAAUUAGGGUCAAACAAACCACAACACAGACCGCUUGCUUCUCUAGUUAUACCAACUUUAGUAAUGACCUCAGGAUAGCAAUACAGAGAGCCACGCACUCAACCAAAACGCCACUCUAUAACCACAAAUAAUGCUCAGAACAGCACCUAACUUCAUCAACAGGACAUAUAGGGUCACAGCCAUAGUACUAGACACCAAACAUCUUUUUAACUUUGACUCAUUUCUUUAGCAAAGAGACUAAACACAACUCACCUACUCUCUUCCAGCAGACGCUUGUUCAUAGCGAGACCUCAGGCCAGUCCAUUACGGACUACAGCGGGGUGACACAGCUCAAGGAAGAACAUUUAUGAUCAUUUCUUCAUGGAAAUACAAUCAGACCGAGACGCUAAGACAGAAGAACUACAGCGUCUGUAAAAUGAUUAAUAUGAUGAUUAUUACUUUAAGGAAAUAAUAAAGAAAUGAUCAUAAAUGUUCUUCCUUGAGCUGCGGCACCCGCUGUAGUCCGUAAUGGACUGGCCCGAGGUCUUAACUAGACCUCUAUAACUAGAGAAGCAAGCGGUCGGCAACAUUCAUCUCUGGAGGGGGGGUCUAACUCAGUGUGACGGUGUGUUUGACCCUAACUUAAUUUUGCGCCGGAAUAUCCCUUUAAUGAUGGCUGACAUGUCAGCUGUUUGGCCUGUAUUAAGAUCAGCUGAUAUACAGUUGGCUGAGCCUGACGUCCAGCCUGCCUGAACUAACACUGUGCUCCAUGUUUCCAUCAGGUCACGGGCUUUUUGGCUCCUUUGAGAUGCUGUCAUCGUGGAGACGAACUCGGGAAGACCAGCACGUGAAGGAGCGUGUGGCGAGCGUCUUCGAGGACGUCAUGUUGCGUUUCUCCGGCUCCACCAUGCUCCACCUAUUGACCCUCGGCCUCGCCGCCUCACCGCUCACCAACAUGGAGGCUGUUCGUCUUUUCUGCCGCACCGCUGCCUUGGCUGUCACCAUCAGCUACGUUUACAUGUUGUCCUUCUACAGUUCCUGUCUGGUGUUCACCGGGUACCUGGAGACCGGGUACAGGCACGGCUGCUUCUGCCGGAGAGUCCCCAAACCGGACCGUCUGGACUCUAAACCCGCCUGGUACAGGUGCUUGAUGUACACUCGCUACCAGGACGAGACUCAAACUCCGAACCCUCCACAUGGGGGGGUCGGUCACGGACACACUAACUCUCCAAACCCUAACCUCGCACACACACAUGCACACACGCACCCACACCCACACACGGUGAACAAUCCUGUCUUGCACGGACACAGUCAUGUGACUAACUCUGCACACCCACAUCAACACACACAUCCGUCAGCUCACACGGACCAUCAUCAUCCUCAGGACUCACACCUGUUGUUAGGGUGUGUGAGGCGUUGCUAUGGGGACUGGAUCACCAACACCUACGUCAAACCCUUUGUGGUUCUGCUGUACCUGGUUUACAUCUCCUUUGGGCUGAUGGGCUUCCUGCAGGUAAGGAGACCCCGAAUACAACGGGUUCAUGUUUUGUACAAUAAUGCUGCAUCUGAGUUUCCUCGGAAGUCAGAUGUCGGAGUUCCCAGCGUUUCAGUUGCCAAGUCGGAAAAAGGCAAAAUUGGAGGCCUGAAACAAGAUGGCUACCUCACAAAAGUUAUUUUAGCACUUGCCUUAUAUUCGGACAAGGCAAGCGCUAAAAUUACUUUCGUAGAUGUCGCCAUCUUGUUUCAGGCCUCCGAUUUCGCUAGGAUUUGUUCAGUUAGUAACAUGCUUCUUUUAUCAACAGGUGACCCAGGGUUCGGACCCCAGCGCUCUGGUUGCCAUGGACACAGCGACAGUAUUGUACACCCGUGCCCAGCAGCGUUACUUCAGCUCCUACUCCCCUGUCAUUGGAUUUUACAUCUAUGAAAGCGCCCCCUACUGGAACGUGUCGGUGCAGCGGGACCUGCUGGAGUACGCCAAAGGCUUCCAGCGAAUCAGCUGGCUGGAAGCGUACCUGAACUACCUGACAGACCGCAACCAGUCCACCAGCCAGCCACGGGAGAACUUCACGCGCACACUUCGCCACUCUUUCCUCCGUGAGCCACAGUUUGCGCACUUCACCGAUGACAUCAUAUUUGCAGAGCGAGGUCAGGGGGAGGAGCCGGAGGUGGCGGCGUCAAGAAUCUUUCUUGUUGCCAAGACGACGGAGAACAAGCGGGAGGAGAUGUCAGUGCUGCUGGACACGCUGCGACGCUUGUCUCUGACUUCGAGGGUUCGGUUCUUGAUCUUUAACCCCUCCUUUGUUUACCUGGAUCGGUACGCCGCGGCGGUCAGCUCCCCCCUCAGACACUCACUGCUGGCAGUGCUCUUCCUGUUGGGUCUGUCCUCGCUGGCGGUCGUCGAGCCGCUGGUGUCCGUGUGGCUCGGCCUCACCCUGCUCUCUGUUCAGUUCGGGGUCCUCGGAUUCAUGACCUUAUGGGGGGUGGAGCUUGACUGCAUGUCAGUGCUGUGUCUGAUAUCAGCUUUGGGGCACUCGGCGGACUGCAGCGGCCCCCUUCUCUGCGGUUUCGCCUCAGGUCGGGGCGACAGCCGGACUCGCUGGGUGAGAGUGGCGUUAGAGAGACACGGCGUCCCCUCUUUACAGACUCUUAUCUGCUACAGCGCCGCCCUGGUGCCCGUCGGCUCGGUUCGCUCCAACCUCACACGCACACUUUUCCGCUGCCUCACCCUCACGGCCGGCUGCUCGGCUCUGCACACGCUCGCCUUCCUGCCCACCCUCCUCACCUUCCUGCCGCCCUCCAAGACCCGGGGACACGGACCAGAGGGGGAGGGGCAGAGACAGGAAGUGGAGUGCGUGGAGAUGAAUGACAGCACUCGCGUGGUGGACCAGAUCACCACUGUUUGAGGAUGAUGUCCAGACCUUUGCCCUUUGACGAGGAAGUCACUUGAAGCAGCCGCUAUGAUGCUGCCAAAAGAGCGAGUGCUGAGACGCGUGAAAAGACGGCGAGAGCGAGAGCGAGAGAGAGAGAGAGAGAGAGAGAGAGAGAGAGAGAGAGAGAGAGAGAGAGAGGGCGUCCUUGGGUGGAAGAAAGGAAGAGAAAUAAAGACAGAAAGCCAAGAGGAAACAGUGAAGGAGUAAAUGAAGGUGUGAGGUUGUUAAAGAGAAAGAGUGAGCACAGACCAGCUUUCUAAUGCAGCGUAUCCAUGGUUACCUGCUUGUUGCUGAUGCUGUGCGGCAUAUCAAUGAGCUCGUUCCCGAACAGCGGACCAGAAGUCGGGGGUCAGCCGAGGUCAGGCCUGGACGUGAAGCAAAGUGCCACAUUUUUUCACUAAAACUCGCUCUCUAUCUGGUCACCUUGUUUUGCUACCGCUUUCUGUUCGACAUCGCAAGUUGCACAAAUAGAGCUACGACAACCUGAGGCAAUCAUCUGUACGACUCGAGUAUUUCUACUUUAAUGCUGGAUUAAUAAAGUCAACUCAAGAAAUGAG